AUGAGUUCUUUACGUACGCACUCUAUGAGCUCGUCUUAUAAUACUACAGACUCGUUUCACACCGCAGAACCCAUUAGCGAGCAUGACGGCUCGUCUCAGACGGAAAAUUUGCCUGGAGAUAACACUAUUUCCCAGGACUCGGAGGUCAAAUCCAGUACGUCGACCCUGGAACAUGACCCACUCAGUCCUGAUGGAUACGUUACCCACCCUACCAAAUACGAGCCUCAAGCAGUCAACGAAGACGAUUUUCCUCCUGACUUAGAACCCAAUUCUCGUAGGGAGUCGAUUACUGAGAUUUCCAGGGAGCUGUCUAAAGUGCUCACGAACGCCAAGUCUAUCGAGGAGAGGAUAAAAAAACAAGAAGAGGCAGGUGUUCCCAUUCCUCCUAUGGGCGGAGGGAAGGAUUACCCACCUAUGCUGCCCGACAAGGAGCCUUAUGUGGUCGCUUUUGACGGUGAAGACGAUCCGUUCCAUCCACAUAACUGGCCGUUAAGUACAAAAGUCAUCCAGUGUGCAAUCAUUGGGGUAGACACCUUCUGUAUCGCGUUUGGCUCAGCCGUUUUCUCUGAAGCAGUCCCACAAAUCGCUGAGAAGUACCAUGUGGCGAAUGUCGUUGCAACGUUGGGGAUCACCCUGUAUGUUCUCGGUUUUGCGACAGGUCCCGUGAUCUGGGCUCCACUGUCCGAGUUGUACGGUAGAAGGCCUGUGAUGCUUCUUUCCUCGAUUGCCUUUGCUUCCUUCAAUUUUGCUGUCGCAUGUUCGGAUAGACUAGAGUCCAUUUUAAUCUGCAGAUUUUUUGCUGGCUGUUUGGGGGCGGCACCAAUGGUGGUUGCCCCGGCCGGUUUCGCCGAUAUGUUUGGCAACCGGACGAGAGGUACCGCGAUGGUGGUUUUCUCGAUGGCUGUCUUCGUGGGCCCAUUACUGGCUCCGUUCAUUGGAGGUUUUACUGUAGCGAACCCAAAGCUUGGUUGGAGAUGGACCGAGUUCAUCACAGCUAUCAUUGCAUCAGCGAACGUGGUUCUUGUCCUCCUGUUCCAGAGAGAAACACAUCAUCCCAUUUUGCUGGUCCAGAAAGCCAGAGAAAUCAAGAGACGUACUAAUAAUUGGGGUAUUCAUGCUCCUCACGACGAGUUCCAGCUCAGCGUUAAAGAGAUCGUCGAAAAUAACCUUUCCAGACCGCUCAAGAUGCUCUUCACGGAGCCAAUCAUUUUUUUCGUCAGUCUGUACAAUGCUUUCAUUUACGGAAUGUUGUACUUGUUUCUAACUGCAUACCCAUUUGUCUUCCAGGAAGGAUACAAAAUGGCUCCUGGUGUUGCCGAAUUGCCAUAUUUUGGGAUGGUGGUUGGCGAGGUUAUCGGAGGCUGUUUCUGUAUCUACCGUGAAAAAGCUUACGUUCGUGCUUUGGAGGCAAAUAAAGGAAAGGUUAUCCCAGAAGCUAGACUCCCGACCAUCAUUUGGGGAGGUGUGGCCUUUCCUAUUGGUAUUUUGUGGUUCUCUUGGACCGGUAACUACCACAAGGACAUCCAUUGGAUUGUGCCAACCAUUUCUGGUAUCUUUACCGGUUUCGGUCUGAUGGGAAUUUUCAUUCCGAGUAUGAACUACAUCAUCGACAGUUACCUGAUUUUUGCCGCCUCUGCCAUGGCCGCUAACACCUUCCUAAGAUCGUCUUUCGGUGGUGUUUUCCCGCUGUUUGCUUCCUUCAUGUUCAAGAACAUGCACACCAACUGGGCAGGUCUUCUUCUCGGACUUUUCUCCAUAGCUCUGAUUGCCUGCCCAAUUCUUUUCGUCAUGUACGGAAAGAAGCUCAGACAAAAGUCCAAGUAUGCAUUUGAUCUCUAA